AUGUCCUCCCAGGCAGCCGGGAACCAGACCUCCUCCACAGGCGACUUCGAGGACAAUUGGUACAUCGAUGAGCCCCAGGGGGAUGAGGGGCUCCAGCCAGACGGGACAGUGCCCUCCUGUCACCCCAGUGUGCCCCCUGGCCUGCACCAUGCCUGCCUGGCCUCCCUUUCGAUCCUCGCACUGCUGCUGCUGGCCAUGCUAGUGAGGCGCCGCCAGCUCUGGCCUGACUGUGGGCGUGGCAGGCCAGGCCUGCCCAGCCCUGUGGAUUUCUUGGCUGGGGACAGGCCCCGGACAGUGCCUGUUGCCGUCUUCAUGGUCCUCUUCAGCUCCUUAUGUUUGCUGCUCCCAGAUAAGGACCCGCUGCCCUUCCUGAGCCUUGCCUUGCCACCUAGCCAAGAUGGGGACACUGAGACUCCAAGAGGUAACUUGCUCGCAGAGCUGAUACUAGUCAAAGCCUGGAUUUGA